GGGUUCAAGUGCGAUCAUCCGGGAUGCACGGCGCCACCAUUUCAGACGCAAUAUCUGCUAAACUCACACGCAAACGUGCACUCUCAGGCGCGCCCGCAUUACUGCCCUGUUCCCGGCUGCUCACGCGCCGAGGGCGGCAAGGGCUUCAAGCGGAAGAACGAGAUGAUACGACAUGGCCUCGUGCACGAAAGCCCAGGUUACGUGUGUCCGUUUUGUCCGGAGAGAGAUCACAAGUACCCUCGGCCGGAUAACCUGCAACGGCACGUUCGCGUUCACCACAUCGACAAGGAACGGGACGAUCCCCAGCUCCGCGAGGUCCUGGCUCAGCGGCCAGAGGGUGGCGGAAGAGGGCGCAGGCGCCGC